AUGUCAAUUGUCAACGACAGAUUAAAUGAAUCAACCAAAAUGUUGUUGUUAUCUUUAUUUAUUUACUCAAUCAUUUCAUUGAAUGCACAUUUAGUAAACUCAGCAAUAUGGAUCAUUAGACAAUACAGUAGUACGAUUCAAGAGAAUGAAGCAGCUAUUUGUAGUUCAGGUAACUUUAUAUGUUCAACGGCGGGAACACCUACUCGUCAUAUCACUAAAAUUGACAUGUUUACAUACGAUACAACGACUACUGGUUUGUUACCUGAUCCCUCAUUGAUUGCAUUUGAUUUCCCAGAGAUGGCAGAGAUACAAAUUAGGGCUUUACAAUUGGUAAAGUUGGGUAGUAAAAACAUUCUAACUUUCAUCAAUAAUAUUAAUAUGCCUGUCAUUAGUAAAAUCACAAUUACAUCAGAUGCAUCUGUCACUUUAAUCCCAGAGGGAUAUACAAUCGGAUUACCAUCUUUAAAAUUUUUGACGAUCCAAGGAACUUAUCUCAUACAAGACAUGGUACCAUUUAACUUUGGACCUGUCAUUGAACAGGUAAGGAUUCCUGUUAAUGGUUAUGUGUCGUUUGAUCCAAGCAUCGUUCAUACCAUGCUGAACACACUUAAUCUUCAAUUGCGAUUGCCAAGUACCCAAUUGGCCUUAACAAUCCCACACCAAUCCUUCCCAGUGUUGCAAACAUCUAGUACAGAGGUAGUGACUAAUUAUGCCACUGAUCAUCAUCCCUUUUCAUUAACGAUGGAUGCCAAACCAUUCCAAUUUUAUUUCCGAGAUAACAAGUUACAGGAUAUUCCUUGGAACAAUCUGGUCGCCGGACAACCAAACAUUCUUCUCGAUGUAAGACUCAACCCAACACUAGUUACUACCACCGUUCCACAGUCAUUUUGUAAAAACAGGUUGUUUAUCGAGGGAUGUCCCAACAUUACCAAUGUACCAGACUGUUUAAAAUGCUACCAAAAAGAUCCAUUGGUUUUUAGAACUAGUAUUCCUCUUGAUCCAAGUUUCAUUUGUCCCAUCUCAUUUUAUAAUGACACUAUUCUAACUGUAGGUGGAUUUGGUGAUCUGUUUGGUGUUAAUAUCGGUUACGGUAAUCUCGAUAGCACGAGUUUUUUGAAUGCAAUCAUUCCAAACAGUCAUUUAAGGUACUAUGAUAUGUUGAAACAAUCUGGACCUGCAAGAACAGUCUCACUCACUUUGAAUAACAAUUACCCAGAGUACAAGUACGACUUUACAGUACUAGAAGUUGGCAUUAUAAUACAGACAGAUUCCGUGGGACUCGCUGGUCAAUUUCCCAAUCAGACUUGUAGAUUUAUUUCUUUUCCAAAUCUAAUCAAUCCAUCACUCGCACACACCAUCAAAAUCAAUCAUGACAUUGAUUGUGUCAUUUCAAGUACUGUGGCACCCUUUUCUCUAUUAUUUUGCAAUACCACUGGCCACUCAUUUUCUCCAGGUCAAAAUGUUACAUACACUAUUUCAAAUGCUCAUUACACUUCUGUUGAUCGUUAUAUGAUCAUUCCAUGUAACUAUCUCAUUAAUACAUAUAUAUAUAUCAAUUGA